AUGCAGAUCGUUACCCUUCUAAUCCCUCUCCUUGUGGCUAGCGUCAAGGCCAUUCCAACGCCUGGACCCAGCGCGGCUGCUGCGGCUGGCGAUAAUUCCCUGAGUCCUCUUGAAGAUCGCGACUUGUCGCAAGACAGCUCACGAUCGACGCCUGAAGGAUACAUGCGGCGAUUCUUGCUGCCUGUCGUGGAAAAUCCCACCACAGCCCCUAUCGACCAUAUUACAAAGCGCAGCCACGAACACAUUGCCAAAUAUGGCGGGCCAUCCCCCCCACCGCAUCAAAAGGGCACCCCGGAAUACGAGAAAUGGGAAGAAGAGAACACAAAAAAACUGUGA